AUGGGGUUGCUAACCAAAGGAAGCCCUUUGACAUGGAAAGAAACUGUGCCUUAUGUUGAUUAUAUCAAAAAACAUGGAAUAGCUCAAUUUAUCAAUUUAUAUCAUCGUCUUCGAAAUCGUCAAGGUGAUCAACUUCGUUGGGGCGAUGAAAUUGAAUAUACUCUAGUCAAAUUUGAUCAUGAAAAUAAAAAAGUGACUGUGGCUUGUCGAGCUGAAGAAAUGUUGAAUAAAUUGCAAGCUGAAGAACAAGUUAAUGCAAUUCUUGGAACAACUAAUUGUUGUCUCUGGAGACCUGAAUUUGGAUCUUAUAUGAUCGAAGGAACACCAGGAACGCCUUAUGGAGGUUGGUUCGAAAAUAUUCAUUUUAAAAAUUUGGGUGAUUAAAAAAAUUAAAUCUUCAGUUGAUUCUUUCUGUGUUAAAAAUUCGGUGAAUUAUAUUCAGUUUUAUAUUGGAAUUUUUAUAUGUCUAAAAAACUUAGAAUCCUAAUUUUGGAAAAUUAGUAUUGAGGACCGUAAUUUAAGAAUGUCACUUUAUUUUUUAAUUUUUAAAAAUCCCUGUUGAUAAUCUCAAAAGCAAUAUUCCAGGUCUCCUCGCUUGUUUCAAUAUCGUCGAAGCAAACAUGAAAAAUCGUCGUCAAGUAAUCAAGAAACUUUUGAAACGUAAUGAAGCUGUGAUGUCAAUUUCAUUUCCAGCUCUUGGAACUCUUGGUUUUAUUUCACCUUCAAUCAAAGCAGAUCCAAAUGAUGAAGAUGCAGCAAAUAGUUUAUUUUUCCCAUUAGAUGCUGUUUUCACCGGACAUCCAAGAUUCAAAAAUUUGAGCAAAAACAUCAAAUCGAGACGUGGUUCAAAAGUUGCUAUAAAUGUGCCAAUUUACAAAGACAAGAAUACCAAAUCUCCAUAUGUGGUAAGAUAUUUUCAAAGGAUUUCUGAAAGAAAAAAAAACUGUUUUUCUAGGAAGAUUUUUCUGGCUACGGUGCUCGGCCAGAAGAUGUUGUUGAUGCUAAACCCGAUCAUAUUUAUAUGGAUCAUAUGGGUUUUGGAAUGGGAUGUUGUUGUUUGCAAGUAACAUUCCAAGCAGUAAAUGUUGAUGAAGCCAGAUGGUUAUAUGAUCAAUUAACACCAAUUACACCGAUACUUUUAGCACUUUCAGCAGCCACUCCUAUUUUUAGAGGAAAAUUGUCGAAUGUUGAUUCGAGAUGGGAUAUUAUUAGUGCUGUAAGUUUUUCAAAUUCUGAAUUUCAUAUUUUUGAAACAUAAAAAAACAUUUCUGUAGAGUACUGAUGAUCGAACACCAGAAGAAAGAGGAUUAGAACCAUUGAAAGAUUCAAAAUGGUUGAUUGAUAAAAGUAGAUACGAUUCAACAGAUUGUUAUAUUUAUCCAUGUUCAACAACUUAUAAUGAUAUUCCAUUACAAUAUGAUGAACAAUUAUAUCAACAAUUAAUUGAAGGACAAAUUGAUGAACAUUUGGCAAAACAUAUUGCACAUAUGUUUAUCCGAGAUCCACUUCAAGUAUUUCGUGAGAGAAUCGAACAAGAUGAUGAAAAAAGUACGGAACACUUUGAGACAAUUCAAUCUUCGAAUUGGAUGAAUAUGCGAUUCAAACCACCUCCACCAGAUGCACCUGAAAUUGGAUGGAGAGUUGAAUUCCGGCCAACUGAAGUUCAAUUGACUGAUUUUGAAAAUGCGGCUUAUUGUUGUUUUGUUGUUCUUCUUACAAGAAUGAUUAUUUCAUUCCGUCUCUCAUAUUUGAUGCCAAUUUCAAUGGUAACUGAAAAUAUGAAACGAGCUCAACAAAAAGACGCUGUUCUCAAUCAAAAAUUCUUAUUCCGCAAAGGAUUGGCUGCUUGCCAAAGUGCACCAGAGAAUUUGAAAGCAUCUGGGGAUUGUCAUUCGGAUGGAAUGUCAACAUCAGAUAUUGAAGAAAUGACAAUUAAUGAGAUUAUCAAUGGAAAAGGCGAUGAAUUCCCGGGUCUUAUUUCAUUAAUUCGACAAUUUUUGGAUUCAGCUGAUGUUGAUGUGGAUACUCGAUGCACAAUUGCGCAAUAUUUGAAUUUCAUUUCAAAAAGAGCCACUGGUGAAAUCAACACUUUGGCUCAUUGGAUGAGAGAUUUUGUUGGAAAUCAUCCCGAUUAUAAACAUGACAGUGAAGUUAAUGAUACUAUCAUUUAUGAUUUAAUGGUCAAGGUAAACCUUUUUUAAUUUUUAUUCAAAAAAUAAACGAGUUAUGUAUGUUGUUUUUAGAUGAAUGCAAUUUCAAACGGCGAAGAACAUUGUACCAAACUUCUUGGAUGUUAUCGAUCAAAAACUGAACAUUCAAUCUCAUCAGCUGUUCGUAAAGCCGAAGAACAUAUGAUUUUCCAAAGUCAAAAAAGGGGUCACUAA